AUGGUCACAUCACUCGCUUCUGCCGCUUCGGCGGCGUUGCUGCUCAUCGGCAGCCUCCCGGCAGCUAAUGCGCAGUACUACAAAAUCGACACAACUGAAAACAUCAAGGCCUCAGCAAAAACCCUUGCCUACGACCUGAUGAAGUUCUACAAGGGCAACGAGUCCGGCGAGAUCCCCGGUAUCCUGCCCGGUCCGCCCACGGAACACAAGGGCGACUACUACUGGUGGGAAGGUGGCGCCAUGAUGGGAACCUACAUAGACUACUGGAAGCUCACCGGAGAUUCGACCUACAACCACCUCAUCAUGGAGGGCAUGCUGCACCAGACCGGCCCCAACGCCGACUACAUGCCCCCGAACCACACCGCAUCCCUCGGAAACGACGAUCAAGGUUUCUGGGGCAUGUCCGCCAUGUUGGCCGCCGAGAACAAGUUCCCCAACCCUCCCGAGAACAAGCCGCAGUGGCUGGCCCUCGCCCAGGCCGUCUGGACCACCCAGGCGAGUCCCGACCGUCACGACGAGACCUGUAACGGCGGUCUGAGAUGGCAGGUGCCCUUUUCCAAUGCUGGAUACAACUACAAGAACACCAUCGCAAACGGUUGUUUCUUCAACAUCGGCGCUCGUCUAGCCCGCUACACCAACAACGCCACGUACGCUCAGCACGCCGAAAAGACUUGGGACUGGCUCUGGGGUGUAAACUACAUUGACCACGAGACCUGGGAGGUUUACGACGGUGGCCACGUCGAGCACAACUGCACCGACGUCAACAAGCAGCAGUUCUCUUAUAACGCCGCCAUUCUAACCCAGGGCGCGGCCUUUAUGUACAACUACACCAACGGCUCCGAUAUCUGGAAGGGCCGCGUCGAGAAGAUGACCGAGGGCCUCUUCGCGCACUUCUUCACCGACAACAUCGCCCAGGAACUAGCCUGCGAGGGCCGCAAGGGCCAGUGCACGCCCGACAUGUUGUCGUUCAAGGGCUACGUCCACCGCUGGAUGGCCGUCGUCACGCAGGUCGCCCCCUUCAUGAAGGACAAGAUCCUCCCCAUCCUCAAGGAGUCCACCCAGGCCGCCGUCAACCAGUGCACCGGCGGCGCCACCGGCCGCGUGUGCGGCUUCUACUGGGCCGAUCGCACCUUUGUCGACCCCGCCGUAGACAAGACCACCGGCGCCGGCGAGGCCAUGAACGUGCUCGCCGCCGUCUCAAGUCUGCUCAUCGAGUCCGCCGAGCCCCCCGUCACCAACAACACCGGCGGUAUCUCCCAGGGUGACGUAAACGCCGGAAGCAAAUCCAAGGACCGCGUCGAGCCCGAACCGAUCACCGUCUCCGACAAGGCUGGUGCCGGCAUCCUGACCUUCCUUGUUCUGGCAGGUGGUCUGGGAACCUGGGGAUGGAUGAGCUUCGGCGAUUAA